AUGGAAUCAUCAUUCCCUGUGAUGAUGGACACGGGUGAUCGCUCAAGUCGUGAGCUUGGAGGACCGCAGAUGGUUGUUCAGCAAUAUGCGCGAUAUCCCCCGACCUUGGAAUCAACACUCCAAAGUGCCUCUUCUUUAGGGAGUGCUCGCAGUCAACUAGAUGUCAACAAUUCCCCUCCAUUGCAGCGAAGAGAAACCCCAAGAAGCUUACAAUCUUCGCCAAGGGGCAUUCGGUCUGCCAUCCCCCAAUCAUCAACUACUCGGUCAGGGCCAUCCAUGUCUCCACCAGUAUUUGGACCCCAACGGCAUCAACUGAUGAAGGAUCCUGCCGACCAUGCUGACACCCGGGUUCUUCCAUCGCGGGAUGUUACUGACGAAACUAUCGAUGAUGCCUAUGUGAUGUUUAUUCUAUAUUGCAAUCCCAAUGUUCCUUCAACUGUCGACACAUCAGAACUAAGAAAAACCUUUCGUACUCCGCCACGAAGUGAUGGUAAAAGCUUUAGCGUCUUUGCACUUUUUGAACUUAUUCGCAAGAAGGAGAAUGGUGAGCUGAAGACUUGGAUUGAGCUGGCAAUUCAAUUGGGCGUGGAACCACCCUCCAUGGAAAAGAAGCAGAGUACACAGAAGGUUCAGCAGUACUCUGUUCGGCUCAAACGUUGGAUGCGAGCUAUGCAUGUAGACGGAUUCUUCAACUACUGUUUGAACCUACAUCAUCCAUAUUACACCAAUCUUCCGCCAUCGGGUCCUUUUGUCAGUGACUCUCGCGAUGGUGUACCGCUAGAGGAAGAUCUUGCGCUCAGGGCACUGGUGCCCCAGUGGAAGCCAAAACGCGGAAGAAAAAGGGCCGAGGAUAGGGACCUAGAGGAAGACAAAGCAACAAAGCGGCCUUCGCUUGAUACAACAGUGGGCGCUCUUCAGCAUAGUAGCUUUCCGGGACAUUCUGUCACAUUCCCGCAGAGCGCGAUACCAUUCAGUGCGUUUCCUGAUGACAUGGAAUCCAAUGACCCAUGGAUCACGGCUGCCUCCUCCUUCCAGGGUGGAGUGUCAACUCAAGGACCAGAUCAGUCUAACCACGAUAUCCGCUGGAGAAUGCCAGAUCGGGACGCAUCCCCUGCUAAUUAUCCUCAAUCCGCUAUCAUACCGAGAAGCCACCUACCAUCGGAUGUUCUCAUGUCUGCUGAGCCUCGAUCCGCUGUGACUCCGUCGACCGGUGAGAAGGCUCGCACAAGGAGACGACACGGUCCGGCAGUUUCAUCCGCUUGGCCAAGCAGCAGUGGCAUGUCUGCUGGGAAAGGUAGAGGCAGGCCUCCAAACAAAGGCCCGACCUCGGGCUCCUUUUCUACCUUUCAGGUCAAUCCCAGUCGAGAAUCAUCACAAAUCUCCAACCCUGGCACUCAGACUUCUCCUCCUGGGCUUGAUUCGAACCCUCCCCAGCCUUUUCAAACCCCACCUUAUAACCAAACACCGACUCCUAUUACACAAGGCAGGCCCAGCAAACUUCAAUUACAAGUUCCUCUUCACUCUGGGGCACCGGUACGACUUGCUACUCCUCCGAGGUUGGUAGUCAAUGGUGUCAAUGGUGCAGUCAUCUCUGGAGCCGAAGCAGCUAAUGGUCGCCAACCUCAUCAUACCACGGAUAAUACAAAUACCGCAUCCAGUCCCGCCAUGGACGAUAUAGUCCGCGCACUCUCAGCCGAGCUCACACAUGCCAGACUGAUCGGACGGGGUGUUCCUCUCACCCACGAUGAGACUGAAGCCCUGGCCUCCGCAAUGGUGAUCAACCUGUCCACACUGUACUCACAUAGUCAAAUCGACAUACCUCCUGCAAUCAUGGCCUUCCACCUUGGCGUUGGACACCACUUUGGGUUCCCUGGUAGCAAUCCAGGUUCCAUGGUAGUAAGGAUUGAGCAUGCCAUGACGAACCCCGCUGGGAGUCGUGAUCCAGCUGGGUUCAACUAUUCCAUCUCGCACGACCACAAAACCUCCGGCCAAUUCUCCAUGCAGAUCACACUCGGAAACAUCAACCGUGGUGUCGAGACUAUGGGUACAGCCGACCUGGACAGUACGGGCAUGGCUUCUGGUCAUCACACGAUCGACAACAGCAACAGCAGCAACAACAACCUCGCGAAUCCUGAUCUGGAUGAGGAUGAUGAUCUCAGCUAUCCAGUCACCGAGGCGACCUGGAAGCAGCGCUACUCGAAGCUACGGGCACAGAUUCAGAAAAAGGAUCGGGCUUUGUCCAACUACAAGCGGAAGAUUGUUGAAUCCGUCAUGGCAGACAUCUGA